AUGGCCGGAAAGCAAGUCAGCCGCAAGGUGCAGCGCCAGCCGUUAGGAUUCCCUCCCUUACGAGGAGUGCAAAGGGUUGCGGAGACAGAGGUCUUGUUCAAAAAAGCUAUUCGGCUAGCAAAAUGGGAAUUUACACCACAAUCCGUUCAAGUUGGUAAGCUGCUCAGCACGGGCGCAUUCGGUGAAGUGAGGCAGGGAAAAUUAACGAAGAAGGACGGUUCCGUCGUUGACGUCGCUGUUAAAAUGAUGAAAGGUCGUUCGGAUACUUGCAGACAACAGGUGAAGGAAAUGGUAAGAGAAGCACGGCUCAUGAGAGAUCUCUCUCAUCCAAAUAUAGUGCACUUUUACGGCGUCUGCUUGCAAGAGCAGCCCAUCUACAUAAUUUUUGAAUUGAUUCAA